AUGUUGUUUUUGCAGGCAAGCCGGUGUGCCCCCUUCGCUUACACAUCUGUGCAUGCCCGAAUCCUCCAGGCCUUAGCUUCAGCAGUUCGUGCAGAUGAGCCCGCCUUGCUGGUUGGUGAUACCGGCACGGGGAAGACCUCGGUGGUCCAGCACAUUGGCCGGCUUUUGGGCCAGGAGGUGUUGGUCUACAACUUCAAUGAGCAGAGCGAGUCCACGGAGCUGAUUGGUGGCUUUCGGCCGGUGGACAACGUGAUGCAGCUUAUGUCUGAGCUUGUCGAGCUGUUCUGCGCCACGUUGGAAAAGUCUUUCUCGCGGCGAAAAAAUGCGAAGCUGUUGGAGAAGGUCCGUGGCGACUUUCUUGGCCGCCGAUGGGCAUUGGCCCUGGUGUUGUGA